AUGCCACCAAAGCCAUCAGCCAAAGGAGCGAAGAAAGCCGCCAAAAGCCAGAAGGCUAGCCGUACUGGUGACAAAAAGAAGAAGCACCGUCGGAAGGAGAGCUACUCCGUCUACAUUUAUCGUGUGCUCAAGCAAGUCCAUCCCGACACAGGAGUUUCGUCGAAGGCAAUGUCGAUCAUGAACUCGUUUGUGAACGACGUAUUCGAACGUAUUGCUGCCGAGGCUUCACGUCUUGCUCACUACAACAAGCGUUCUACGAUCUCCUCCCGCGAAAUCCAGACCGCAGUACGACUGAUCCUGCCAGGGAGCUCGCUAAGCAUGCCGUGUCCGAGGGCACAAAAGCGGUCACCAAGUACACCUCGAGCAAGUGAACUGCUUGACUUUGGUGCAUAA